ACAAGGGAAGCCCAUCUCUCAAAAACUAAUCUGGUUCAAAGAGAAUUCUUUGAACAUGGCCUCUCCUAUAUCCUUCCUGUCCCAUUCCUCACCAAAUCCUUGACUGGCUUAAGGAAAAAAAAGGAAAGAAGAAAGAAAACAGGAAAAGAAGAGAGAGAGUUCAGGAACUAGCUUGCCAUUCAUAACCGAGAGAGAGAGAGAGAGAGAGAGAGAGAGAGAGAGAGAGAUUGGUUUUGUUGGUGACAUGGAGAAAUCAAGCUUCCAACAGAUGUUCAACCAGUUGAGCCAUCGUUUGAAGGAGAAGGGAGCCCUUCUUGGAAUAGCUGAGAAAAUGGAGGACCAAGCAGUAGAAUCAGUUGAUUCGGCUCAGCCACGACCGACAACGAUGGACUUGUUGAAGAACAUGGAGUGUUCAGCCCUGGCAUCAUCCCAUGUCGGUGAUCAGUCCUCCAAGGCAAACUUCAUAGCGAAUGCAGCACUGAACGACCUCAGGAAAGAUGUUAAUAGCAAAACGGUGAAAACUGAUCAAAUAACGAUAUUUUACGCCGGAAGCGUGCACGUCUUCAAUGAUUUUCCGGUCGACAAGAUGAAGGCAUUGAUAAGUUAUGCUGCAAACUUUAGCCUCGAUCACAUAUCUGGUCAUUUUGUUAUGAAUGGUGGUGGAAGUGACAAGACUAGUCAUGUAAAACUCAUGGCCAGUGCACAAAAUAGCAGUGUUGGAGCUGGACUUUCCAAUGCUGAAGCUGCUGCUUCUGAUCUCCCUAUAGCAAGGAGGGCUUCACUUCACAGAUUCCUAUCAAAGAGAAAGGACAGGGCUUCGGCGAGAGCUCCUUACGUAAGGAACUCUCCUACUGCAGCAUCCGAACACGAGGAGGCCAGUUCGACUCAUCAUCGACCUCGAAGCUGAUUCUUCAGAGAGCCUUGAACUCAGGCUGUAGCGAUGAUUAUAAUUUGUCAGCUUUGAACUCAUCUGAAAGAGUACUUGCUUUGGGUUAUUUGAAGUAUAAAUUUGGUCCCUCUACUUAAAUAUCACGUUGUUUCCCGUCUUGUCUGGACGAUGUAACCUGGUGUGUAGGAAAGGAUCAAACCUAUUAUUGGG